AUGGAGAGUCGACCAAAGCAUCUGCGUGGCCUAAGCUUCAAAUUGCUGAGAGGAACUGCUGCUCUCGCGGCGCUAGGCCGGAACGCCACAGGCGCCAUCGGGACAAGCCGACCGAUACUAAUUGUUGAGGAGAGAUGGGGGAGAUGUCACUUUGAGAGGCUGGACCAUAAUAAAGAUGGCGACGCUCUCGUCACAUGGUCGGCCCGACUCCGAGGAAGAACCGAUCGAGAAAGUGAACGACGUCGGGCUUUUCUCAUCCUCCUCGAAGAGCGAAUCGAGUUCCCCCGAGAAAGGGCCCAAAGAACGAGAAGAGCGAUGGCCUCUCCCGUUCGUGGUUUCCAGUUUGCCGCGGGAGGGACGGAGAACGUCGUCGACCUCGUCUACCUCUUCUGCCUCCCGUGUCAGGACGAAAUCGUGGAAAGGCUAGCCCUUGCUUGGCCAAAGUCAGUGGGCAAUGUUAUUCCAGAGGUUAAAUUAGACAUUGUAGAGUUGGACAUGGUGGGAGUUGAGAGGAGGAAUCUUGUCGCUCUCCUGCGACUUGUCGUAAGAGAUGUUAUCGAGUCCUCCAUGAAACUUGGCCGAAUGCUUGACUCUGACCACAUACCCCUCCAG